UACUGCCACGAUGUGGUUCGUUCUACAAAAAACCACUGGCUCUCCAGACGCCAAAACCACCGGCAAUUGCCACAGUCCCUACAGUUUUGCACAAUCUUCCCAUGGCUCUCCCUAUCUAUAUAUACAUAUCAUUCUUCGAUCAGUUUUAUUAGUCACACAAAGUUUGUUGAAUUCGUUGUUUUUAAGUUGAAGAGCAAAUUAAGAAGAGAGUUGGUGAAGAGUAUAUAGAAGAUGAGUCAAACAAGCAGAGCCUUUGUGGCAGCCAGUGUUGGGGUUGUGGAGGCCAUGAAAGACCAGCUGGGGAUCUGCAGGUGGAAUCAUGUCAUCAGAUCAGCGCAACAAAAUGCCAAGAACCAUCUCAGGUCCAUGUCUCAGGCCAAGAACCUUUCUCCUUCAACUUCUGCAAUGGUUAUGGGCAAAGCAAGAGAGGAGAAACUGAGGCGGUCAGAGGAAUCUUUGAGGACGGUCAUGUACUUGAGCUGUUGGGGUCCCAGUUGAAUUGAGGCACAACUACAAGUCAGCUGAAGAAGGUGACCGUACGUACGGGAAGCCAGUGAGUUCUGUGGUAGAACCUCGUUGAGUGAAUGAAGAUUCAAAGACUACCCACCAGACUUUUUGCAGAUGCAUGGCAUACCAGUGGGAAAUGUCAGGCUGAUCGAGCUUAGUAUUUGGAUGAUGCAAAACUAUUGUAAUUUGUAAAGUGUAACUGGAAAUUGCUCUAUUAUAUAUAUACACGAUUUAUAAGA